GUCAAGCCUUUAAAUACCGGUCCGCUCGGUCGCAUCGGCCUCGGUGAUCGUUCCCUCGCCGCUUGCUGCAGUCCGUCUCCCGCUGUGUCUUCUCACGUUCCCUGUGAACUCCCGUUAAAGAAGCAUCAUGUCUGCUGAGAUGGAGCGUACCUUUGUGGCCGUCAAGCCUGAUGGUGUGCAGAGAGGCCUGUGUGGUGAGAUCAUCAAGCGCUUUGAGCAGAAGGGCUUCAGACUGGUGGCUGCCAAGUUCCUGCAGGCCUCAGAGGAUCACAUGAAGAAGCACUACGCAGAUCUGAAGGACAAGCCUUUCUUUGCUGGACUCUGCAAAUACAUGUCCUCUGGUCCUAUCUUCGCCAUGGUGUGGGAGGGUCAGAACAUUGUGAAGAUGGGCAGGAUGAUGCUGGGUGAGACCAACCCUGCUGACUCCAAGCCUGGCAGCAUCCGCGGAGACUUCUGCAUCCAGGUUGGCAGGAACAUCAUCCACGGCAGUGACACUAUGGAGAAUGCCAAGUUGGAGAUUGCCCUGUGGUUCAAACCCGAAGAGUUUGUCUCCUACAAGCCCUGCGCCCAGGAGUGGCUGUACGAGUAAACCUGCCAAUCACAGAUAACAACAGCAUAACAACACCAACCUGAACCAUUUAACCUCUUCUCCCCAUCAGACUCAUCCUUCAUGUAGUGGAUCUACUAAUCUGGUCUCCACUGUGCACUUUUUUGGUGACUAUACAUUCAAACAUGUAGCACUUAUCAAUAAAGUACCCUGGUGACA